CUUUGGUGGCGGUUCAACGCGCUUAUUCAGUUUCAGUUUCAAUUUGUCACCCACGUGAUCCGCAUGGUUUUUUUCACUUAUUAUUUUUCGUACGUAUUCAUAAUUUAACACUUUUUUUUUUUUUGAAUCCACAAUUUUGAUCUACUUGCUCAUUCGCUGAUUACUAUCUAACUGAAGUCAUUCAAAAUAAACGCUCGCCACCAUGAGGCGAUCAAGCAACGCAGUAAUCUUGAUGACCUCGUUGUUUACACUAACAAAUGCCGCUCACAUGUAUACACAGAAUUGUAGUAAAGAUGAGUAUAACCGAUGCAUUGCUCUUGCCGAUCCAUUAGUAAAAGAUCCACAUUUUAUUUACCCAGGAAAUCUAAAGGAUAUAGAUAAUAUAUGCAGAACAUGGACUUUAUUCGUCGAUUGCACAAAAAGAUACACUGAACAUUGUUUUGAAGAAAGUAAAAGAAAGGUGUUUAAUAAAGCUGUGGAAAACUCCAUAGAAUUAGUUCAUCAAAUGUGUACUUCUCCGCAGUAUCAAACAGAAUACUUAAAGCACGCUUCAUGCUUAAGAGCAACCCUUUUUGAAGAUUCUCGUUGUGGAAAACAUUAUAGGUCAUUGGCCAGCUAUGUUGCUAACGAUACUACUAAACCGGGUAUUUGCUGCACUCAUCACAGAUUCAGAGAAUGUGUUCUUGAUCAAACACGAAGAACUUGCAACCAGGACGACGAUUCAUUUACACAUCAGUUACUAGAUAAAGCGUUUGGAUUUUUCCGCAAUCAAUGCAUUGACUAUGCGCCUAACCAAGAUGAAUGCCCGGGUUAUGAGUAUUAUAACACGAUGACUACCAACAGGUGGCAAGAAGAUAAGGGAAAAGGAUCGCCAAGCCCUUACCCUUCGACAAAACGGCAAGACGAUGAUUGGUCAACGUCAAUGGGAGGAGAGAGGACCAGCAGGGCUCAGACAAGUGGAGGAUCUUUUAGUACCCCGACUUGGCGUGUGUCGGAUCCCACUAAAAAGCCGGACACGAGUUACAUGACUAACGUGAUCGAUGAACCUAACCAACAGGGCUUGGCAAAAAACACUGGGCUGCGUGAAACCGGCACCAAAAUCUCCUAUUUAUUCUUUAUCACUGUGCUGGCAUCACUUUUAAUCUCUUCAGGAAUCAUAAAAUUCCUCACGUAAUAUGUUACCUAGACCUAAAAUAUAUUAUUUAUUUUUAGUUCAAUAGAUAUAUUAUUAAAUAUUAUAGAUUUCAUAGUCGCAGUACCCGUUGAUACAGAUAAAAUAAUACUAGUUAAAGUGCAAUAGACAGUGUUUUCAAUACCUUGAGAUGAUAUAAUAAUUAUUGUCGGUAUUAUUUAUUCAACACGUGAAAGUCACACUGCCGUUUUCGACCUUAUAAACACUGAUAUGGACAACAAUUUAGCAGUAUUGACUCAAAAUAAAAAUUUGUUUUCUCAUGAUAGCAAUGAUAAGAAUACUAUAUGUUAGUAUAGUUUUUUUAUUAAGUAUUAAAUACAUUCCGUCCUGUUGUAUAGAAAAUACCCAGUCAACUAUUAUUGGGAAUGUAGUAAUGGCACAAUGAUAGAAUACAAACUUUAUUUGUAUUGUCGUCCAUUAGAUAUUAGAAUAUUAUACAAUGUGUACUUUAUAACUAAACUGUGAUUUUAAUUGUUUAUCCAUAAGGUUUACCAUUUUUCCUUUAAAUGAUGUUUGCCCUUUGAUACUACAAUUUUGUUUUUAUUAAACUAAUCACUAAUGUAUUGCACAGAAUCUUCUUUUAAAAAAUAUAUCAGAUAUAUGUUAUUA